AUGAAGAGAAAGGCCAUAUGCACCGCUGCGCAAGAAGAGUCCGAUGACUCGUCAGACAACCUCAGAAUGGUUGCAAAAAUACCUGCGAACAAAGCGCGUGCAGAAAAACCAGCGACAGUUGAAGAGCCAAGUACGGUUCUUCGCGCAGGUGAGAGCCCAAUGAGCGCAACCGGCAAGCGCGCUGAUGUACCCAAAAGACAGAAGGAAUUUGCAUGGAUGGAUUCUGAUGAAGACAAUGAGCCGGAGGAGAAUGUGGAGAAGCCCGAGGCAAAAACAGAGUCAGCGAAGCAGGCUCAAGAUUCGGAGGACGACGCCUCUGGAAGUGAGGAUGAGAAUGCAGAUGUUAGUGCUGGUACUUUGGAUGGAGUGGAGACAUUUGGGAGAAUGAUGGUGCUUGCUCCUGCAUUGCUCAAAAAGCUUCCAAGGAUGCUGCCCGAAGAUGCGGCUGCGGCUUGUAGGGCCCUUUCCAGAACAAAGUUUUUCGACAACGAUAUCAUCAGGGCUCUGAGCGCCGUGCUGAAGAGGCUGUUGCUCAGAGACAGGCUCAGCGUGGAACAAGCGGAUGAUGUCUUGAGAUGCAUGGCCAGCCUAAAUGUCUACGACGAGGGUGUUUUCAGUGCCGUCGCAAGACAAAUGAAGGUCCGAACGGCCUCCUUGGACCAGGCGGUGCGCGGGCAGUGGUUCGAGAUCUACAAGGGGUUCAAGCAUAGUGGUGACAAGGACUUCUAUCAACUGCUGGAGGUUCCACAUCUCAACGCCCUGAGCCCGGGCUACAAAAGGCUGCGGUGUGCUCAUCACCAGCGUGGCUAUUGUGCCGUUGGAGAGGCCUGCACCUAUUCGCAUGAUCCACGAGCACCAAUCGAAUUGGAAUCAGCCUAUGCGCGGCCAGUUUCUAAGGUCAUGAUGACACAAACGCAGUCCAACAUGGGCCGGGAUGUGUAUGGUGGCGCAAGAAAUGGCCAAAUGAAUUAG